GCCCUGCCCAGAUCAGAUCUCUCUCCUCUGCUAAUCGCAACGACGCAUGGCGGAGUUCAGGGAGAAUCCAUUCUCAUGUUUGGUUAAUGAAGCUGGGGAAGUGCAUUUGAAAUACCAGUUAAAGAUUACUGAUGCUGGCAUAGAAGACUGUGAUUUUCAGUUGCCUUUGCUUCACAAGGGUGAUGUACGAAACAGUUGUGUACAAGCUAACAGAUUCCUUCCAUAUCAAAGUAUGCGGUUAAACGGAGGUAUUAUCACAGAUGAUUCUUCUAUAAAUGGUGGGGAAGAUGGCAACAAAAAGUAUUUGCCUUUUGAUGUUGAAACUGAAACUGUUAGGGACCUAAGGUUAUCAAAUAAUUUUGUCAAUGGAGCUAAUUCUGUUGGUAUUCAUGGCAAAUUGCCCAUGCAUUCUGGAAGCUCUGUUUCUGCUGCUGAUGUAUUGAAAACAUUGUUUUUUAUACUUGUGUGGUACACUUUCAGCACAUUUUUGACGUUGUACAACAAAACUCUUUUAGGAGAUCAUCUGGGAAAGUUCCCAGCUCCCAUGUUGAUGAAUACUGUCCACUUCACAAUUCAAGCUGUUUUAUCAAAGCUGAUUACAUGGUAUUGGUCUGAUACGUUUCAACAAAAUUUUCCUAUGUCAUGGAAUGAUUACUUAUCCAGAGUUGUAUCAACAGCUCUUUCAACAGCAUCAGAUGUUGACCUAAGCAAUGCGUCCCUUGUUUUUAUCUCUGUUACAUUUGCCACAAUGUGUAAAUCUGGAGCCCCUAUAUUUCUCCUUCUAUUUGCUUUUGCGUUCAGGUUGGAGUCUCCAAGCAUUAAACUUUUUGGUAUUAUUGUAGUAAUCUCCUUUGGAGUUUUGUUAACCGUUUCAAAGGAGACAGAGUUUGAGUUUUGGGGUUUUCUCUUUGUUAUGCUUGCUGCUGUUAUGUCUGGGUUCCGCUGGUGCAUGACUCAAAUUCUUCUGCAGAAAGAAGCCUCUGGUUUGAGAAAUCCGCUUAUGUUGAUGAGCUACCUUACUCCAGUAAUGGCAGGAGCAACUGCUGUUCUUUCUCUCUUCUUGGAUCCAUGGCAUGAAUUCAGAAAGAACAAUUACUUUAAUAAUUCAUGGCAUGUUGCUCAAAGUUGCUUCUUGAUGCUCUUUGGUGGUACACUGGCCUUCUUUAUGGUUUUGAUGGAAUACAUUCUUGUUUCAGUAACCAGUGCUGUUACAGUGACGAUAGCUGGUGUUGUUAAGGAGGCCGUCACAAUAUUGAGGAUAUGAUUUUCCAAGAAUGGAACUCUUUUAAUAAUUUUUCUGAAAGCUUUUCUAUACGGUUUCAUCCAAUUGGAACUUAAUUCAUUUCUGAAAUGGGGUCCUAGGAGAACAUUGGAACAUUUUAAUAACAUUUGAUGUAUGAGUGCAUGGAUGACCAGUGUUACUGUAUUAAUGUGUUUUCUUACAUGGUGCUUAGCUGAGAGUUCCCCAUGACCAGUCUGCAAGGAAUGAAACUGGUGGAGGAACUUUCUUUUUACAGAUGGACAGGCUUUUCAAAUUUUAACUGCAAAAGCAAAUCUUAUGACUGGGUUUAUGAUUGGUUGGUGAAUGGCUUUGUUUGAGUCAUUUUCAGAAAAUUACAAGGCCGUAUUUGGAUUUGGUGUGGGGUCCUAGCCAGCAUGCAUCCUCCAGUUGAAUCUUUUCAGUUCCUCUGGUGUCAUUCCUAAAAUCCAUAUAGUAUUAUUGGGCUUUAUGUUCUAUCUUGUAUGAUACCAAUUUCAAACAAAUCUAUUUAACCUAGAACAAAGCAAGUACGUACAUGGGUAAAGUAUACUCACAGGAGGAAUAAUUCUACCUGGUUUUCUGCAAUGAGAUCCUGUUGUGUGAUCGAUUUGUUGUAAUUCAUUUCUUUGUCAAUUAGCAUAAGUAGUUUCUUGCAUUGAUGCUAACCCCAAAACGUAGUAAUUGCUCAUAUCUUUCCUUUUGCAAAUGACAUAUGGCACAAGGAAUAAUUUUUUAACUCAAAC